CGUCUUUCCGCUGGAGAGUUGAUGUCAGAGCGGUGUGAAGCCGAGUUGACUGGUGAAGCUGCAGGAACUGGGGAAUCGUUUGAAGGAGCCGAACGGCCUGGCUGCUUUGGGCUGCUCUGCUUCGCCCCACUGCGCUUGCGCUAAAUCCGACCCGGCAUUCCCCGCGGCCUUCCGAUGCGUCGGUGUCUUGCUGCUGCUGCAGCUCCGGGUGAAGCUCCACUAGAGCUCUUCUCCGGAAUCAGCAGCGCUCUUCCGGAGCGGGCUAACGGCGAUGCCUCUCCGCAGGUGCCGGUGACCUUCAGAGAGGUGGCUGUGUACUUCUGCAGGGAAGAAUGGGAGUGUCUCAGUUUUAGCCAGAGGACCCUCUACCGGGAUGUGAUGCUGGAGAACUUCAGGAACUUGAAUGAACUGGGAUGCUGUGGCCGGAAACCAAGCCUUAUUUCUCGCCUGGAACAAUGGGAUGAGCCAUGGGUUGACAAAUGGGACAGUUCUGAGCUGGAAAGACAAAAAAGUGUCUGCCCAGGAGGCAGAAAGGCUUCAGCUCCUGAGAAGACCCAUUCACGGACAGGAGCCAAGAGCAAGGCUACCUUACGGAAGAAUGUCCUAACAUCUGGUAAAGCGCACUUUACCAGAGCUACCUCUGGGAGGAAACUGGACAAUAAAUCCGAAGCCCUCCAGAACCAGACAUGUGGGAAAUCCCGCAGGAGACAGCCAGGCCUCAAGGAACAGGGCAAGAGUGCAGCAGAGGGACACCCAUUCAUCUGCGGCAUAUGUGGGAAGGCACUGAGCUGCCAUAGCCGGUUGGCGGCUCACCAGACAGUACAUACCGGAACCAGGUCCUUUGAAUGCUUUGAGUGUGGCCAGACAUUCCGCUGGGUCUCAGACCUUCUGCGCCACCAGAGAACUCACACCAGUGAAAAACCCUUCUGCUGUGAGGUAUGUGGACAGGCCUUUAGCCGGAAGGACUGCCUAGCACAGCAUCACAAGAUCCACACGGAACACCGGCCCUAUGUGUGCAGUGACUGUGGGAAAGCCUUCAGUCAGAAGUCAAACCUCCUGCGGCACAAGCUUGUUCACACAGGAGAGAGGCCUUUCUACUGUGACAACUGCGGCAAGACCUUUCGAACUAAAGAGAACCUCAACCACCAUCAGCGGAUUCACAGCGGAGAGAAGCCCUACACAUGUGGCAUGCAGGAGUUGGAGCCUGAAGUUGACUGUCAAGGAAAAGGAAAAAAGAUCCCACAAAACCUUCUUCCGCCUGACACCUGGUGGGCCUUGGAAUAACGAAGUCCACCAAGUUCGGGGAAGAUCGGGAUCUCACACAGGACCCUAGAAAACUUCUGAGACUCCUUUCUCUGUUGAACAUGGAGGAAUCUUUAAAACAGUGUCUAUCCCAUUUUGCUCAGGCCCAGACUUGAACAAAACCCUGUGAGUCAAUAGAGGCGGCCUGGACCAGCUACCUUUCCCCAGACAAGGAUCAGCUAAGCUGUCUCUCAGUGAGAUCAGCAUCAGAGAAGGAACCUGAAGUCUUGAACAGCACACUGGUGUUUACAUGGCGGUCAGUUUCUGGAGGCAGAAACUGAAGCAAAAGCCAUGGAGGAGACAGACUGCUUGCUUGCUGGCUUGCUCCCAUGGUUUGCUCAGUCUGCUUCCUUAUAAGACCCAGAACCACCAGCCAGCCUGACACAGGGACUCCCUCAGUAAAGGUUUUCUCUUCCUAAUGGCUCUAGUUUGUAUCAAGUUGACAAAAAGACUUCUAAGCUGAACACUCGUUGAUUUCUGUUCCUUAAUUGUUUAAAAAGAUUUAUUUUAUGUAUAUGUUGUUGGAAUGGUGGAUAUUGAGAGCCAUCAAUGAACAGCGUUUGUUGA